GACAGCAGGGAGGAGCAGUGAUUCUCAGUAUCCAGAGAUCUCACCAUGCUGUCCCUUUCUUCUAUUUCACAGCCAUAUACAACUUUCAAGGGAAUGGAGCCUCCCAGCUCUCCCUGCAGAUUGGUGAUGUGGUGCGAAUACAGGAGACCUGCGGAGAUUGGUAUAGGGGAUACCUCCUAAAGCACAAAAUGUUACAGGGCAUUUUCCCUAAAUCCUUUAUCCACAUCAAGGAAGUGACAGUGGAGAAAAGAAGAAAUAUCGAGAACAUCAUUCCUGCAGAAAUUCCUCUGGCACAAGAAGUGACAACGACACUUUGGGAAUGGGGCAGCAUCUGGAAACAGCUCUACGUGGCCAGCAAAAAGGAGCGGUUUAUGCAGGUGCAGUCCAUGAUGUAUGACCUGAUGGAGUGGCGGUCCCAGCUCCUCUCAGGAACUCUGCCCAAAGACGAGCUGAAGGAACUGAAGCAGAAAGUCACGUCCAAAAUUGACUAUGGCAACAAAAUACUUGAGCUUGAUCUGAUUGUCAGAGAUGAUGAUGGAAAUAUCUUGGACCCUGAUAAUACCAGCGUCAUCAGCUUGUUCCAUGCACACGAGGAAGCGACUGAUAAAAUCACAGAGCGCAUCAAGGAAGAAAUGUCAAAAGACCAGCCAGAUUAUGGAAUGUAUUCCCGGAUCUCCUCAUCCCCCACUCACAGCCUCUAUGUCUUUGUGAGGAACUUUGUGUGCCGAAUUGGGGAAGAUGCUGAACUCUUCAUGUCUCUCUAUGACCCCAACAAGCAAACGGUCAUAAGUGAGAACUACUUGGUGCGAUGGGGCAGCAAGGGCUUCCCGAAGGAGAUCGAGAUGCUCAACAACCUGAAAGUGGUCUUCACGGAUCUCGGAAACAAAGACCUCAACAGGGAUAAAAUUUACUUGAUUUGUCAAAUAGUCCGAGUGGGGAAGAUGGAUCUCAAGGAUACGAAUACAAAGAAGUGCACGCAGGGACUGAGGCGGCCCUUUGGGGUGGCAGUUAUGGACAUAACAGACAUCAUCAAGGGGAAAGCAGAGAGUGAUGAAGAAAAGCAGCACUUCAUUCCUUUUCACCCAGUGACUGCUGAGAAUGACUUCCUCCACAGUCUGCUGGGCAAAGUCACAGCCUCCAAGGGAGACAGUGGAGGGCAAGGUCUCUGGGUGACCAUGAAGAUGCUUGUGGGUGACAUCAUUCAGAUCCGCAAGGACUACCCACACCUGGUGGACAGGACCACUGUAGUGGCCAGGAAGCUGGGCUUCCCAGAGAUCAUCAUGCCAGGGGAUGUCAGGAACGACAUCUACAUCACUCUCUUACAAGGCGACUUUGACAAGUACAACAAGACCACGCAGAGGAACGUAGAAGUGAUCAUGUGUGUGUGCGCGGAGGACGGCAAAACGCUGCCUAAUGCAAUUUGUGUGGGAGCUGGGGACAAGCCUAUGAAUGAAUAUCGGUCCGUUGUGUACUAUCAAGUCAAACAGCCACGGUGGAUGGAAACAGUCAAGGUGGCUGUCCCGAUUGAAGACAUGCAGAGGAUCCAUCUGAGGUUCAUGUUUCGACAUCGGUCAUCCCUGGAAUCUAAAGAUAAAGGAGAAAAGAACUUUGCCAUGUCCUAUGUGAAGUUGAUGAAGGAAGAUGGGACCACUCUGCAAGAUGGAUCCCAUGACUUGGUCGUCCUAAAGGGGGAGAGUAAGAAGAUGGAGGAUGCCAGUGCUUACCUGACACUUCCUUCUUACCGACACCAUGUGGAAAACAAGGGGGCCACCUUAAGUCGAAGCUCCAGCAGUGUUGGGGGGCUCUCCGUCAGCUCCCGGGAUGUAUUCUCCAUUUCCACCCUAGUGUGUUCCACAAAGCUCACCCAGAACGUGGGCUUGCUGGGUUUGCUGAAGUGGCGUAUGAAGCCUCAGCUGCUACAGGAGAACUUAGAGAAAUUGAAGAUUGUCGAUGGAGAGGAAGUGGUGAAGUUUCUCCAGGAUACUCUGGAUGCCCUCUUCAAUAUCAUGAUGGAGCAUUCUCAAAGUAAUGAGUAUGAUAUCCUCGUCUUUGAUGCUUUGAUCUACAUAAUAGGACUCAUUGCUGAUCGGAAAUUCCAGCAUUUCAAUACUGUCUUGGAGGCUUACAUUCAACAGCACUUCAGUGCCACGUUGGCUUACAAGAAAUUGAUGACGGUGCUGAAGACUUACUUGGAUACCUCCAGCAGAGGGGAGCAAUGUGAGCCGAUCUUAAGAACUCUGAAAGCUUUGGAAUAUGUGUUCAAGUUCAUUGUUCGGUCGAGGACAUUAUUUUCACAGCUUUAUGAAGGCAAAGAACAGAUGGAGUUUGAAGAAUCCAUGAGACGGCUCUUUGAAUCUAUCAACAACCUGAUGAAAAGUCAAUAUAAAACAACCAUCCUUUUGCAGGUGGCGGCUUUGAAAUACAUCCCAUCUGUCCUCCAUGAUGUAGAAACGGUCUUCGAUGCAAAGUUACUCAGCCAACUCCUAUAUGAGUUCUAUACCUGCAUCCCCCCCGUGAAACUCCAGAAGCAGAAAGUCCAAUCCAUGAAUGAGAUAGUCCAGAGCAACCUCUUUAAGAAGCAAGAAUGCCGGGACAUUCUUCUUCCUGUCAUCACCAAAGAACUGAAGGAGCUGCUGGAACAGAAGGAUGAGAUGCAACACCAGGUCCAGGAGAAGAAGUACUGUGUCGAACUACUCAACAGCAUUUUGGAGGUGCUCAGCUGUCAAGAUGCGGUUCAUUUGGCAACCUCACCUUGUCUUUGAGUAACGUCCAAGAGUACUCUCCUCCUAGAUGGGCUGAUUUCAGAGGACUGGGCAGACUUAAAUAACCAAGUAUUUUGUAAGUAUU